CACCGCCCCCGGUACACGCGUUCCGCCCCGUUCCCCCGCCCCGAUAACAGGGGUUCCCCCCACACCCCGCUAUCGGGGGCUGGGCCCUCCACUGCGGCCGGGCCUCGGGGCUGCCUCGGAGUGCGGUCCGAUCAGUUACCCCAUGGAAGGUGAAGAAGAGGCCCCCGUGAACGAUGGAGACAACCGGGAGCUCCUGAAAGAAGAGGAUGAGAAUGGAGCUGAGGGAGCAGCGGCCUCGGAGGAGCCAGCUGGGACCAGGGACACUGGGGAUGGCGGUGCCUCCCCGGGGCUCCUGCAGCCAGACAGGGGCGUGCAGUGCUCCGGCUAUGUGGAAGGUGGAACAAACGCUCUCCUGAAGCCCUCAGCUGCCUCAACGGACAGGCAGAGGACUUCUGAACUCUCGACACUUGACAGCUUCCCCCUGAAGCACUCGAACACACUGACAAACAGGCAGCGAGGCAAUGAGAUCUCAGCCCUCCCAGCCACACUGGACACACUGUCCAUCCACCAGCUAGCUGCCCAAGGUGAGCUCAGCCAGCUGAAGAAGCAUCUUCAGAAAGGUGAGAACUUGGUAAAUAAACCUGAUGAGAGAGGCUUCACACCACUGAUCUGGGCUGCAGCCUUUGGAGAGAUCGAAACAGUCCGUCACCUGCUGGAAUGGGGCGCUGACCCCCACGCGCUGGCGAAGGAGCGGGAGAGCGCCCUGUCCCUGGCCAGCAUGGGUGGCUACACCGACAUCGUCAUCAUGCUGCUGGAGAGGAACGUGGACAUCAACAUCUACGACUGGAAUGGUGGUACUCCUCUGCUCUACGCCGUGCGUGGCAAUCACGUCAAGUGUGUCGAGGCCCUACUAGCUCGUGGUGCUGACUUGACGACAGAAGCAGAUUCUGGCUACACCCCGAUGGAUCUGGCUGUGGCUCUGGGACACAAGAAAGUCCAACAGGUUAUUGAAAAUCACAUCCUCAAGCUGUUUCAGAACAAGGGGCUGGAGUGACACAGUGGCUCACGCUGCACUGCUGCAGCACCGGCACUUCUCUGGGCCGACCCAGGGCUCUCCUCAGGGACCAAC